UGCCGGCUCUCCGCCCAGCCUCAUAUAUUCCUGGAAGUGUCGUCCUGAGUGGGAGGAUGUAUUUUGUUCCAGCUUUGCUUCCUUUUCCCACAAAGCUUCCUAAAUAUGUCCCACUCUGACCACGGCGUAGACUUCUGCCUCCAGAACCGCGGCGGCCCGGCACAGCUGGACCCAGCCGAGUGAAAACACCUGCCAACCAGCUUCAGCCUCACGCUUCCUGCUCUGGGACCAUGGACAGCCCGCCCAAAGUGUCUGGAGAGACCCUGAUCGUGCAUCACAUUCCCCUGGUGCACUGCCAGGUCUCUGGGGGCCGGCAGGGCGGCUGCGGGGGCUCCCUGAAGAGGACCAACCCCUUCAGCCCGCCGGAGAGCCUGGGUCUGAGCCGCACCACCUCUCUGCCGGAGAGAGACGUCCUCCAGAGGGAGGCUCUGCUCUACAGCAGCCUGAUCCAGACCUCCAGUGGCUCCUGGUCCUCCCACCGCGGCGGCGGCGGCAGAGGAAAGCCGGGGGGCGGCAGGGGGGGGAGCACGGCCAGCGACGACUCGUCCUUCACCUCCAGCAACUCGGAGGAGCAGCUGAUCGCGGCUCACACCUUACCCAGAGUCAAACCGCGGAGCAGGAACCCUCUGCGCCGCAAUCCCUUCCUGCUCAACACGGACGAGGACGAGGAAGACGAAGAGGAGAGCGACGACCUCCGCGGUUACCUGGAGGACUCCUCCUUCCACCUCCACAGUGAGACGGGCUCCACGCUGGGCGACGCCUCCUUUCACCUACACGAGCUGGGCUUCGCCGCCGAGCCCUUCCUGCUGCACGGCUCGGGGGGAGGAAGCAGCCGGGAGGCUCUGAGAGGAGCCGCCUCGGACCUCUGCGCCCGCCUGGAGGACCUGGACCUCCUGGAGCGGGAGCGCCGGCACGGGAGCAGCGGCUCCAACGUGUCCAUGGACUGCGGCGAGCACGACUGGGCGGACGAGGAGGACGAGGAUCAGCCAAUGAGGUGCGGCCGGAGCAGCAAGGCGGGCUCCUGCUCCUCCAGCUCGUCCAAUCAGCACUGCUCCUGCUGUGGCCUCUCCCAGAACUUCCCCGAAACCUUCCCGGAGUUCCAGCCGGCCUACGGCAGCGACUCGUCCUGCAACAGCUCCGAGGGCGUGCUCGUCAACUUCAGCGCCAUUUACAACAAGAUGAACAACAGCGUGCCGGAGAAGCUGCCGCGCUCCGGGCCCCCCAACUUCAACGGCUCCACCGACCACUCCCCCACCUCCUCCCCCUCUGACCUGCAGGGGAACCAGCAGGACACGUCCUCAGGUGCUUUCUACCUGGACCUGCACACCUCCCCGACCGAGCCUCCUCUGUCCAAUCAGCAGCCGUCCUGUUUCUCCAGCACCUUCCCCCUCCUCAGAGAGCCGCACCUCUCCACCUCCUCCACCUGUUCCUGCUCCAUGGAGCACCAGGGGCCCCUGGACCUCGACGCCAACUGCAACUCCUUCCACCCUCCCCACGAGGGCUCCUCCGGCGACCUGGCUUCCUGCCUGCAGAGUCAGGCGCGCCUGGUGGUCGCCACCCAGAACUACUACAAGCUGGUCACCUGCGACCUGUCCUCCCAGUCGUCCCCGAGUCCCGCAGGCUCCUCCAUCAACAGCUGCUCCUCGGAGCACAGCAAGGGCAGCCCCACGCCGACGCAGCCCAGCGAGUACUUCCUAUUCAGGCAGCGCGGCGAGGAGGACGGGCUGGAGGAGGAGGAGGAGGAGGAUGAAGAUGGAGAGUCGUCUCAACGAGACGACGAUGAUGACGAUGAUGAAAAGAAGAAGGCGAUGAAGGCCGAUCAGCAGGACGCUGAUGGUUCUGAAGCGGCCCCCGCCGUCAUUGAAGGCCAGGUGUACGUCAACGUUUCUCCUCCCACGGCUCAGCGGAGCGUCAUCGGCGCCGGGGCCCCCGCGGGAAGCCGGCCCCGCUCCCGCAGCUACGACCGCAACCUGGACAGGUGUGCGUCUCCGCGGCUGGGCUCCCUGGAGCGCAUGCUGAGCUGCCCCGUGCGGCUGAGCGAGAGCGCCGCUCCGGCUGCGACUCCGCCUCCUCCUCCCCCGCCGCGCGUCACCUCCUUCGCCGAGAUCGCCAGGAGCAAGCGCAGGCAGGGAGGCGCAGGGGGCUCGCCGUCAGCGAAGGCCCCUGCAGACCCCUUCUCCUCCACUUACUCCACCCACUCCCACUCCUCUGUGGAUUUCUCUCCCAUCCUGGAGCAGCGCGUGGAGUCCGUCAGCCCAGCGGCUUCACCUGUGCGUUUCACCAGGUGUUACAGUCAAGGCAGCAUUGAGCAACACCUGGAAGGCGUGAAGCAGAGACAGGCCAGGGCAGAAGGUGUUCUGUCCAGCUCCUCUGAAAGCCCGCCAGUGGUGGUCCGUUACAGUAAGGACCAGCGGCCCACCACCCUCCCCAUCCAGCCCUUCACCUUCCACCACCAGUUCACCUCCAAACCCCCCCAGCCUAAGCCUCUGCUGCCGCUGCUCACAGGCUACGUCCCGGGCAUGCAGGCUCGCUCCGGCUCCGGUUCUGGUUCCGGUUCCGGUUCUGGAGGCCCGGUCGGCGAGGAACGGGAGGACGCUGCUGAAAACGGGCGCGGCUGCCGGAGCUCUCGCAGCGCCGCAGCUCCGCCCCCUGAAUCAAUCCGGCCGUCGCCCCUGGGGAGCUACUCCCCCGUCCGUCUCCAGGGGGCGCCCAACUCCGGGUCCUGCUCCACCUGCACCCCCAGCCCCAGGCCGGCCCACAGCCCCUCCUGUCCGCUGUCGGCCGGCCUCGGCCCGUUGCACACGCCGCCCGCCGUCACACAGGGAAACGGGUCGGCGCCGGUACCGCCCACUCCGCCGCCUCCGUCCCUGGGGGUGAAGCGGGGGGGGGUGCCGCCCACGCUGCCGGCUGUGCAGGGACAGUGUCUCCACCACGGGGCCCUCCAUAACCUGCCGGCUCUUCACGGGGACGCUCUGAGCCCGCUGGGCUGCCUGGACUCCAGCAAACAUGCAGACAGAGGCGUCGGACCCGGAACCAGAACUCAGAAUGCACACCACCUCUCCCCACAGGCUCUAAAAUGGAGAGAGUACCGUCGGCGAAACCCCCUGGGCGUGGAGAGGGCCCCUGGGGGCCACUCUGCCGGUAGCCUGGAGCUCAGAAGGGCCGGGGGACCGUGCCCCGCCCGACGCAACGUCUUCGAUUUCCCGACGGCUCACUCCGGCCCCUCGCUGGGAUGGCCCCAUGCAGGUCAGUCAGCUAAACUGCAGCAGAGCUACGGAGACUUCCUGCCCGAUUACUUCUCCCUGACAGAGAGGCCGCCUGAGGAGUUCUGCCUGUCGCCCGAUGCCUCCACCUCCUCCUGCUACGCCUCACACGCCCACAUCUCUGUGGACCUGACGCAGAAGAGAGGUUUGGUGAAAGCCGUGAACACGGCCGUGGAUCUGAUUGUGGCGCACUUUGGUACCAGCAGAGACCCGGACGUGAAGGCCAAGCUUGGCAACAGCUGGGUCAGUCCCAACGUGGGGCACCUGAUCCUGAAGUAUCUGUGCCCGGCCCUGCGCGACCUGCUGCAGGACGGCCUGAAGGCCUACGUGCUGGACCUGAUCAUCGGACAGCGCCGCUGUCAGCCCUGGAGCGUGGUGGAGGCCUCCACUCAGCUGGGGCCGUCCACUCGGGUUCUCCACAGCCUGUUCUCCAAGGUGAGCCAGUUCUCAGAGCUGACGAGUCACAGCAUGCGGCUGAACGCCUUCAUCUUCGGCCUGCUCAACAUGAAAUCUCUGGAGUUCUGGUUCAACCACCUCUACACACAUGAAGACGUCGUAGCAGCGCACUACAGCCUCUGGGGUUUCCUCCCCCUCUCGCAGGGGCCCUGCAAGCCCCUCUUUGAGGAGCUCCUCCUGCUGCUGCAGCCGCUGUCGCUCCUGCCGUUCGACCUGGACCUCCUGUUCGAGCCGCACCUCCUGCAGAAGGGCCAGGAGCAGAUGCGCCGCAAGGAGCAGCUGUGCUCGGCGGGGCAGAGCGGCGGCCCCUCCAGCCGCUCCACCUUCCAGCUCAUGAGAGGAUGGAGCGCCACCGUCAGCGAGAUGGUCAGAGACUCCGGGGCCGAGGCCAGGAGCGAGAGGCCCGCGCUGCGGCGGGAGGGAACGUGGCCGGGGAUGGAGAGGGUGGAGUGCAGGAGGGAGGGAGUGGGCAUGGCGGAUCUCUGCAAGGAGAAGCCGGUGGAGGGGCAGCGGGUGAAGGGAGUGGGACAGGAAGGAGGAGACGUGAAGGAGCGGGACAGGAGGAAGGAGAAGGAUCCCGGAGAGGAGAGCCGUCAGCGGGGAGACAAGCAGGCCGGCUGGUGGUUCCAGCUCAUGCAGUCCUCCCAGGUCUACAUCGACCGCUCCACAGAGGCCUCCAAGUUCGUCAAGGCCGAGAAGAGGAAGAAGUCCUCAGAGAGGCGGCAGAACCAAGCCCCGCCCACCAGGGAGGGGGUGGUGGAGGGCGCCGAGUCCAAGGCCGAAGGGGAGAGAGGGGCGAGCGGCGACGGCAGCUGUGGAGGGCAGCCGGCGGGAUCCAGAGGAAGGCCUUCGUGGAUGGGCAGCCCCCCCGACUCUGUCCUCAACCAGGAGAAAGAGGCGAGCGUCAUGGCGGACGGCGAGGCUGGAGUAGGAGCGCCGUCCCAGGAGGAGAGCCCGUCACAGGGUCUGCGCUGGGGCAGGCUGUUCGGUUCUAAUGUCGGUUCUCCUCAGAGAGCCGAGGGAGCUGACCUGAGAGCCAAGACCCAGAAGACACGGCCUCCCUCUGGUUGGCUUGCUUUGGACAGAUCUAUUCUGGACCUCGUAGCCGUGACCAUUGGCGCAGGCAGCGGGAAGAAGGCGGAGCCUCCAGCUACAGCGAGCCAAACGACAGCCGCGCCGCCAUGCAGGCGUCCAGCUGAAGCUAAACCAUCGUCUUCAUGUGAAGUGCGAGCGCUGUACCAUCACAUAGCCACGGAGCCCGGCCAGCUCAGCUUCAAUAAGGGCGACGUCCUGCGGGUUCUGAGGAAGGCCGACCCCGACUGGCUGCUCUGCUCCCUGGGCUCCAGCCAGGGUUUGGUUCCCAUCGUUUAUGUCACCCUCAGCAGCAUGGAGGACAGCCACAGGGAGACCGGGCUCCAUCCGCUCUGACUAAACCCUCUCAGUGAACGCUUUCCCUGCCGCACAGCGACUGGUUAGAAACACUGAAACAUGGAGAAGAUGCACAGGCGUGUGCCUGGACCCACCACAAGCCCCACAUCCAGCAAACCAAGCAUGCUCACAUCCAGACAAACCAAAAGAUAAGACGCAGAUCAAACCCAAAGACUCUCCGACAUGUCGCCGUCCUAAAAGCUUAGCUUAGCUGUCUAGUAUCUCUCAUCUGGACGCAGCGUGAAGAGAAAGUCACCGGGUUACUGCUCACAUCACCUGCUCUUUGCUGUUGACCCCGCCGUGCUGCAGGAAACGGUCUAAAAUCAUCACAAGGACACUUUCUUUGACUUUUUGUUGCUUAUUAACUGAUGAUUGUUCUUUUUAUUCAUAUAAAAGACAUUAUUAGCGAUAGAGAAGCAGCCAUUAAGGAUCUAAUCCAUUUGUUCUCCAACAGCAAACGUGUAAUUAAGGUUAGACAUGUUUAAAAAAAGCUGCCAUUUCAGGCAUUUUUCAUGUCCUCUUUGUCCUUUUCUUUCUCUAACAGUAACAUUUACAGCUUAGAUAAAAUUUAAAUAGUACAACAUUUAAAAGAUUAACCUCAGUUACAUUUUGAAGCACAUGAAGCUUGCAGGCCCGUCCCUCUCUGCUGGGCUGCAGGCUAAGCGCCCAAACUAACUACGGUCGUAGCAAAAUGCUGUUUUAUUUUUUUUUUUUGGCUUUGUGUGUCAGAUUUUAUUUCCUAAUCUUCCCUCAGAAAUCCCCCAGGCACUCAUGAGUUUAUUAUUUUCUUCUACUUUUACAGCCAAGUUGUAGUUUAAGCAAACGAGACGAGAAAUAAAGUCCCAGAAGCUUCCGGGUCCUGCUUUAAAAGCAUGAAAUCCUGCUUCCUGCAGCGACCGUGCUUCGCCUGAUCUCCUGCUUUCAUGUGUGUAUAACCUGCUGGUACAAACUGUAAAGGCCGUAAUGGCUCCUUCAUUCGACCGGUAUUUAUUUAUUCAGCUAUUUAAGCAACGCUUAACGCCAACAGUUGCAGAGAAGCUCCGUCAAGUUUGGACGUUCCUGAGGAUUGUUGCUACUUUGUGUCAUAUUUUGUAUUUAAAGGGAGAAAAAUAUCUCAUCUAUGCCUUAAAGUGCUCAUGAGGGAAAAAAGAGACGACGACCCACCUUAUAUCUGUCCUGCCAUCAUUAGAUAUUUUGUAUAUCCUCCGUCUGCUUUGACUCCCCCCCCCCCACUUCUUCUUCUUCUCAGACCCAUUAGUGACGAUAUGAAGGGAAGCGUUAGCGCGCUACAAGCUAGCCGCCUGUGAAAGUUGCCUCUAUGAAGGAUCGGGUUCCCAGAACAAACGCAUUACAGUGGCAACGUUAAUGUAAAUUUAUUAAAUAAAUGAAUGCUGUCAUUUAUUUUAUUUUAAUUUUAUUUUUUUCGUUUUUGGAAAAGACAACACUUAGAAAUUCAGGUUUUGUUUAAUUAUUGUACAGUUUUAAUUUCUAACAUUGAAUUCUUCUUGAAUUGUAAAUAUAUUUAACCUCUUCAGUGGUCAGUUUUUUGGGUUUAUUUUUUUGCCACAGAGCUCUACGGUUAUGUACGUAUGAAUGUUAUUAAUGAUUUAUCAGUGCAUUUCACAUUUGAUACAGAAAGUAUAAGCUUUAGAUUUAACGCUAACAGCCUGCUGACUCCAGUCCAUGUUCUCCCAGAGGGGGGGCCGGCUGGUUUAGGUCAGAGUUCACCGAGGAAUAAACUGAUGAUCAAAGCGGAGACGCAGGAAGGCUCAGGGGUUUAAGAGGGAUCCGUUUGAGAAGGAUUGCUGCUCUUUUGUCUCGCUGGCUGCCUGUAAAUACCUUCAGCAUCAGUGACACCGCUCUUCUGUCCGUGCCCAGCCUGUACCAUGUAUGGCAUUAUCAAACUACUAUGGAUGUUAAAUAACAAAGUGCUCAUGUGAUCACAAACUCA